AUGGACCCGCCAGAAUACGAGCCCGGAACAUCCGAGAUCGGCUCCAUAACGGCCAACUCCAACGAGGAUAGCCAGUUCGUGGGCUCCUCCAGCGGCGUUUACUUCGUCAAUACUGUCAGACGUGCAUUUUCCACGGGACAAGAUGUCCAAGGGUCACCAGAAACGGAGUUUCCUCUAGCUGAGGAUACUCUUGUCGGUGCAGAAGACUCGCCUCAGCAGAACCGACGUGCUACCGUGUCUUCGAGCGCAGAUUCUGCCUCCCCGCAAGGGCCGAGAGAUGACCAUGCAUACUGGAGAUAUGAUCCAACAAUUGCUUCGGCUUUAGGCCAAGCCCCGCCCCUUGGGCUGUCUAAGGAACUCAUGAUGAUGUACUUCAAAGUUUGGCAUCCUCUCUUCCCAUUCCUGCACGGCCCCUCCUUUUUGCAGGCCAUGGAGGGGUUAUAUUCCCGUGAGACAUCAGAUCAGUCAGCCCAAGGCACCUUAUCAUCAGAUCAUAGGAGCUUGUGUUGGACAGUAAUCUUCCAAUGCAUCUUCAACCUUGGACAUCUACUCCGACCAGACCUGGAAGUCCCGGCUAAAUAUCGAAUCCAGUCACCAACCAACAUGAUCUCUUUGCUUGCGGUCCUGGCCACUCGGCACGAUAUCGCUUCAUUGCAAGCACUACUCUCUGUGCAAGUUUAUCUCAUUGCGACCAUGUCUCUCAGACUGGCAUCCACAUUCGGAGGAUGUGUCUUACGGUCUGUUCUUCACGCGGGUCUGCAUCGCUGCCCAUUCCGGUAUACGCAACUCUCGUCCCAUGAUAGGCAGCUGAGGAAGCGCAUAUUCUGGUGCGCUUACGCUAUCGAUCGCUACUUAAGUCAAGCUCUGGGUUUGCCCCUCGGUAUACAAGACUCAGAUAUCGAUGUUUGUCUACCUGCUGCGUCAGAGAUUCACACUCCAAGACGACGAUUCAUGGGCUCGAAUACGAACGAAGAUUUACAGAGCAUGUCACAUUCCACCGUCCAUAGUUCUGGAAAUGGACAAGGACCCAAAGACGACACUGUGCCCUCUCGCCCCGGUGAAAAUGGGUCCAGAAGUGCCUCGGAAGCAGAAAAUCGCAGGAAAGAAACAGUCUUGGCUAGCUAUGUUGACUCUGGAACCCUCACGGGACGAGCAUUGGAGAUUUUUCACAAAUCUAUCCUUGUUCGGUCCGUUCGCCGAAGCUCGAUUCUUUUCCUCGUGACCGAUGUGCACAAAUGGUGGAAUAGUCUACCACUCGAGCUUCAAGGAAAAAUACCAGGAAAUCCCAUCGACACAGAUCGCCCAUUUGACUUCGGUCCAUUCUUCACGGUGCUAUACCAACAUCUCAUUCUCAUCAUUCAUCGGCCGUCAUUAUCGUCGGACCCGACAACGGCAGAAUUCUGCUCCGGCCUGCAAACGUGCAUUGGCGCAGCCAGGGCUAUUCUAGCCGCGUUGAAAAGCCAGGUAGAUAGCAAACAGGCAUUAUUUUGGCCUGGUUUCUUGUCUGCGGCGUGGAUGUCGGGCCUAGUUUUGGCUUUCGCUUGCCAGCUUAACCAAUACGUUAUCGCAAAAGGGCUUCAGGAAAUUGAUGCCUGCUUGGGUUUCCUAAACCAGAUGUCUGUCCAAUGGGAGACAGCUCGGCACUGCCAGCUCGCCCUCUCCGUUCUAGCUGCCAAAAUUCGACAAGUGCAGAGUCACCCCGACGCAGCAGCAAAAGCUCAUUCUUAUACAUUAAGAAGGCGAGGCGAGGCGGAAGCUUUGGACCCCGCGGAGCGGCGAGAGCAGAAAAGAGCAAAGCUCAACAGGCGGUCUAGCGAGCCGCACAGCCCUCGUGGAGCAUCGUCAGAUGAUGCGUUGGGUCGAAGAAAUGCGUCGCAACCCGACGUAUCUUAUCCAGCAGUAAUGGCAGGCUUUGGAAAUAACACUUCCAUGGGUCUACAAGCUGGACAGGAUUCUGCACAAAGGCAUUCCCAACCCGUGAAUCCCAAUGGAGAACCGACUCUAGCAGACAUGCCCUCUUCCUUAGCACUCGACUUCCAACAAACGGAAGCCAGCCAGCUCCAGGGUGGUCCGAAUUUUGAUCUCAAUAUGGUUGACCUGCUUCAAGGGGCGAAUUUUGAUUCUCUUUUUGAUAUAAUUGGACAGCAGUAUCCUAGUUUCUAG